ACCACCAUCACCAGCAGCACAGGGACAUGAAGCUACUCUCAGCUUCGUCCUUUUCCGCUUCUCCGCAACCCCACGCAACGGCACUCUCCCUUUGCUGCAAUUGCUCUCCUAUGUUUGCUCCCCUUUGAUUAUUCCGCCACUCUGCUGCGGAAUUCAGCGUGCUCGUCCUCUUGAUGAUACCAUGUUUUGGAAUGCUGUGGCAUUGGCGUGGCGCAACUGAGGAGGACGAUAGAUGUUUGUAGGGAGAAGAGGAGGCUAUGGUGGAGAGAUAGGUAAGCAAGUGCGCACGGUUUGUGUUUGUGUGUGUGUGUGUGGGACGAAUCAAGAGUCUCGCUUGUGUUGCUGCAGGUAGGAUUGAUUGAGUGCUCCAUGUGAGUGUUACAGGAGAAUUAGGGUUUUGAUCAUUUCAGAGAGAAAAAAAAAGAAAAAGAUAUAGAAAAAAUCGCGCUCCGUUGCUUGCUUGCGUGACUGAAGAAAACGGAUUUCCUGGAGAGAACUUUCUAAGUUGUUGGUGCUUGAGGAGCUGUUAGGUGUUGCAGUUGUGGCUGAGGGGGUGAGCGGAGUGGGUGUAGCUUCUUUUUACAUUUGUUUUUAUAAUAAUUUUUCAUAAUUAUGAUUUAUGUCGUUUUUUCGUUUUUUCGUUUUUUAUUUGUAAGUGACGAUGAAGCGAAUCCUGUGAGGUUCUCUCCUUGGCAAAAGAUGUAGGGUUCAGUUUUAACGAAAGAUGUCGAGGUAGAAUGGUACAUGGCAUUGAAGGCUAUAUUCUCGAAAUGAAGUAGGGGAAACUCUGCUGCUUAAUUCCACGCAGGAAUAAUAGACAUGAAGAUGGAGAAGUUAGGGUGCAUUGUGGUUCCUUAGGGUCUGGAUGCACACUGGGGCAUAAAUGGGAAGUCCUGAAGGAGGUGGCACGGAGAAAUACCUGUCCAAGAGACGGAAAAGCGCGAGCUCGCACUAUCCUAAAGCUCGCGACUGGGAUGACGAGGAGGCUUACGAUGAGGACCGAAGGUACCGUUCCAGUAAGACGAAGGUGAGUAGCAGGAGCGAUCGGGAAAGAGAGAUAACUCGGGAGAAAGAAAAGGAUAGGGAGAAGGAGAGGGAUCAUGACCGGGGUGAUAGGGAAGGCAGGAGCAGGGAUGAGUAUUUCGAGAAAGGCGUAAAGCAGUUGCGGUCUUUUAGGGAGGACAAACACGAUGAGAGGGCGGAGAGAGACGAUCGGGAAGUUGUAGAGUCCCGAGCAGGGAGCAACAAGAGAAGAAAUGCGUCGGAGAAGGUAAGCAAGAAUAACGAAGUUGGCCCGACGCAAGAAGAGAAGAAGGGCGGAAGAGCUGAUUAUGCCAUCGCUGUCAAUGAGGUAACGCUCCGGAAGCACGAGAGGGCCCAUGACUUGGGGGAAGAGGAGUUGAAGAUAGGUGAACCACGUGUGGAAAAAUCACGGGAGAAGGAAAGAGGCAGGAGGGAAGAGCCUAGGAUAGAUAGGGGUCACAACGGGGAAGAUGAAAAGUACAGGAGGAGUGACUCCAGGACAACCAGAGGUGAAGGCCUUGGUGAGGAUUCUGUAAUAAAGCGAAAUUUGCAUCGAGAAAGAUAUUAUGGAAAAGAAGAAGAGAAAUUGUGGAAGAAGGAGAGUAAAGCCGAGAGAUCUCAUGACAGGUCUGAAUCGAAUGUCCGAAACUUUAUAACCAGGGCAGAAAGAUUUUCCGAGACGGAGGAUGAAAAGGUGCGGCAUAGUGAUUCGUAUGUGGAGGAAAGUCAGAAUGGCGAGACGGAGGAUUAUCAGAGGGUUGAGAGAACUCAUGAGUUUCGCGACAGUCUCAAAUCCAGAAAAGGUGUUUACAGGGCUGGUAGAUCACAUGAUAUUGACGAUGAUUCUAUGUAUGAGAUUGACUUGCGUCACGAAAGAGCUACAAAGACCGUCACAACUUCUGUACUAAAUUCUAAUUACUCGAAGAGCGGGAAAAAUGUAGAGGAAAAAAAAUCAGCGAGAGCCGGCAGGCGCAUGCACUCGCAAUACGACGAGAAAGAUCUUAGGAUUGUGGAAGCGCAAGGAGAGGGAAGAGAUCGUUAUGUUGAAAUUUCUGGGAUAGAGAAGCACCCUCAUAUUUCAAGUCGAAGUGAGAAAAGCCGGGAAUACGUUGGCCGUGAUAAAGGAACUGGUGACAAAGAUCGGCCGCUCGCUGUCCUCGAGGGUGUGGAAGGUUCUGCUGAGUUUUUAGAUUCAAUACAGCUCCAUAAAUGGGAUCGUAAACGAAAUAGUAGUGGGAAGAUUCACUGGGAAAAAGUUGAGAAGGAAGGAAGCAGAAAGGAUGGGUCUAGUGGAAUUGAGCAGAUUGAAGAAGAAAGUUCUGUAGCACGAUACAAACUUCAAGAAGAGUCGAGGGGUCUCUCUGGGGCUUACGAGAAUGUUUUGGACAGCAAGGAUGAGAAAGAGAGCUCGAGACAUGGCCGUCAAAAAGAGAAAGUCCUUUCUGGGUCGGAUAAACCUGAAUCCGGCUUGGCGGAGGAUUUGGAAGUUGUAAUAGAAGAGAGUCCACGAGAGGGUAAUGGAUUGGAGAGGACGGAUUGCAAAUGGGACGAACCUGAGGAAGAUACUCUCAGCAGCAGGAUGUUGGAGGGUGAACCAGAGAAUAUGCUCCCAGAGAUUGACAAUGUGGAUGUUUUUGAGAGUGAAGAAGUGGAAGAGGAGUGCAAAUCUGCAUUCAUUGAGAAAGUAGAGGAAAGUGAGCAGAUAGUUGAGUAUGAGGAGUCUCAGGAUUUUGAGAAAGUGGCAGCAAGUGAAGAGGUAGAUUUAGGGGAAGGAGAACGAGGUGACGACAGUCAACUAGAGAAACCUGAACGACCUCGUAGAGAGAAAGAGAGACUGGAAAGGGAGGAAUUAGAUGAGUGGGAGAAAGGUGCAAUUUACAAAGUAAGAGGGGAGAGAGACUGGACGAAAGAAAAUCGUCAGUUUGAUCAACAUCUUCAGGGCAGAGAAAAGUCAGAGUGGCAAGGUGUUGAAGUUGUAAACAGGCUUGAAGGUGAAAUGGAAGAAGGCGGCGACGAGGUACCCAGGUCAGGACGGCGACGUGGGAGAGAUACUCUGGAAAGAGAAGAUUUUGACUUCGAAAGCAGAUUCUUGGGAAGGGAUGAUGGAGACUGGGACAGAGAGAGGGAGCGAGAAAGAGAACGGGAAAAGGAGAGAGAAAAGGAACGGCAAAGGGAGAGGGACAGAGAGAGAGAGAGAGAAAGAGAUCGGGAACGAGAUCGAGGAAGAGAGAGGGAAAGAAGAAUUGAGUGUUAUUCGGAUGAUUACCAACGCAAAGGCUCUGAACGUUAUGAUGAGAGGUAUUACGAAUACGACAUUGAGGGAAGGUCCAGCGGUAGGGGAAGAGAAUACAGAGCAGAUCAUGAGAGGGAAAAAUUUAGAUCUCGAGAGGCAGGUUGGGAGGAGCUGGAUGAUAGACGUAGAAGGUUGAACAGUCGGGACAGAAGGGAAGAUGAAAGAGCUGGAAAGUUGGCUUCUAAGGAAUCUACUCAUGGCUUAGUGCGUGGAGCGACUGUGGGUAGAGAGAAGGGCGACGAAGAAAGGAACUGGAGGUUAAGAUCAGAAGAAGAGAAAGGAAAAAAACCAGUUUCUAGGGAUUUUAUUGAAGAAACAAGGUCGAUUGGGGGUAAAGGCGAGGAUCCUCUAGAUAAGGUCAAGGCAAUUGGUAAGGAUACUGGUCCUGACAUGUCCGAUGAAGGGGGAAGGUCUAAAGGAAAGCAUGGAAGAGUUAUAACGUCUCCUCGAAGCCUCGAUGAUAGAAGAGAGCCAUACAAAGGUGGAAAACCAGUGAUGAUAUCUCGGAGUCCAGAUGAUCGAAAAGGACACAGAAGUGGUAAGACCGUGGUGAACUCUCGAAGCCCUGAUGAUAGGAGAGCAGGGUAUCGAAGUGGCAAAGCUGUGACAAGCUCUCGAAGUCCUGAUGAUCGCAGAGGUCAUAGAAGUAGCAAAGCUGUCACAGGUUCUCGAAGUCCCGAGGAUCGAAGAGGUGGGCGAUCAGAUUGGGAGGACGUAGAGAAAGAUUGGUCAGAUGAAAGAGCGGAGUAUGACAGAGAGAAGAGCAGCAAAAGACGUGUAAACCAGAAGAGGGAUAAUGACAGUAGUGAAAGAGAGCGUGACAGGUACAGAAGUAGAGAGCGGCCUCACGAACGGAAUUGGGAAAGAGGAAAGGGGAAAGAUAAGGUUGAUAAUGUGGAUCGAUCCUAUGAUCGGCAUCAGAAUCAUUGGAAAGGUAGUAGGGAUUCUGAUUUUCAAGUGGAGCAAGAUAAUUGGGAGUCGAAAAUGAGACAUGAAAAUGCUGAUAGAGAGAAGUUGGAGAGGAGGAUGUUGGAACGAGAGAGCAGCGAACGCAAUAGAAUGGACAGGGAGCGAGUGGAGGGAUUAAGAAGUCCGCAGGGCUUUGCUUCGAUAAGCGAAAGCACUGGGAGAGGCCACCAGAUGUCUUCUAAUUUUUUAGAGCCUGGUCGUGGAUUUAGUUCGCACGGAGGGCCUUUUAUGCCACCAGGUGGGGAUCCAGGAUUCUUUCAAGGUGAUUACUUUGGCGGCAUGGGGGAGGUCGAUUGGGAUGGCUCGAUGAUGGACGACAGAAUGCGACAGAGAGAAGGCAUUUUUUUGGGGAGUAGCGAUAGAUUUAUGGAAAAUGAGGGUCCUCUAGGCCAUGAUGCAGGAUACGGUCCUGGUAGAGGAGCCGCAGGUGAUGGAGGAAUGAACUACAGCCACCUUUCCGGAAGAGGUCGAGCUUCAAAAGCCUCCCCGAACAAUAGAGGUCGAGGGGGCAUGAUGGGUCACGAAGGAAGACCUCUUUUUAAUAAUAUUCAGCCUAGCUCCAUGCUCAGAGGUAUGCAACAGCAGCAACAGCAGCAACAGCAACAAGGCGGGAAGGGACGAGGUCCUAGAGGUGGACCAAAAGGUGCAAGAGGUCCUGGUCGGGAAGUGCAACGUCCAAAUGUCAAUCCUCUCAUGGGUCCAGGUCCAGGAAUUGGUCCUCACUUUGGUCCCAUGGGACCUCAAGGGCUAAUGUCUGGUAUGGGUAUGGGGCCAGGACCAGGGCCGGGUCUAACUCCUGGUCCCAACAUGGGUCAAUUUCCUUUGCUUCCGUUUGGAGGUCCCAUGGGUUGGGGAGUGGGACCUGGAGGUGGCGAGAUGGGAAUGAUGGGCUGUCCACCAGGCCCUGGGCCAGUAAUGGGUCCUGGUCCUGGUGGGUUGGGUCCAAGGUUUGGGCCAGGAAUGGUUCCAGGUCCAGUACCGAACAUGUUUUUCAAUCCGCCUGGACCAGGGAGAGGGGGUCAUGGUGGUAUGCCAAGUGGAUUAUUUGGUGGAGCUGUCCCACCCUUCAAUGGGCAAAGUGGUGGAGGUGGACGUGGUCAAAUGGGUGAAAAAGGCACAUCUGGGGUUGGGAGGGGGUUAGUUGGAAGGGCAAAUGGGCCACCAGGAAGAGGUCCCUCAAGAGGGGAACAGAACGAUUACUCUCAGCAUUUUGUUGAUACAGGGUUGCGACCUCAGAAUUUCAUUCGAGAUGUGGAACUCGCUGAUCGAUUUGAAGAAUACCCAAAGCUGAAAGAGCUGAUAACGAGGAAAGAUCAGCUCAUCGCAAAAAGAGCAACACCCCCAAUGUACAUGCAGUGCGAUCUUCGAACAACAGAGUUGUCCCCAGAUGUAUUUGGAACGAAGUUUGAUGUGAUACUUGUUGAUCCUCCAUGGGAGGAGUACGUCCGUCGUGCUCCCGGCAUUGGAGAUUCAAUGGAAUGGUGGUCAGCUGAAGAGAUUCAGAAUCUUCGCAUUGAGGCUAUUGCAGACACACCUGCAUUCAUUUUCUUGUGGGUUGGAGAUGCUGAAGGGCUCGAGCAAGGCCGCUUGUGUCUCAAGAAGUGGGGAUUUCGUAGAUGUGAGGACAUAUGCUGGGUAAAAACUAACCGGGAAAAUCCUACUCCAGCCUUGCGUCACGACUCCAACACUUUAUUUCAACACUCUAAAGAGCACUGCUUGAUGGGGAUAAGAGGGACAGUGAGGCGCAGCACUGAUGGUCAUAUUAUACACGCUAAUGUAGACACGGACAUUAUAAUUUCGGAAGAACCAGAAUAUGGGUCUACGAAAAAGCCCGAGGAGCUGUACCAUAUCAUAGAACAUUUCGCACAAGGGAUGCGGCGCAUUGAAUUGUUUGGUGAAGACCACAACAUCCGAGCUGGAUGGGUCACUGUUGGGAAAGGCCUCACAUCAUCCAAUUUCAACCCCCAGAUAUAUGCCAAGAAUUUUGUUGAUACAGAGAGGAAAGUUUGGCAAGGUGGCCGUGGAAACCCUUCUAUUGAUGCUUCACAUCUAGUUGGAACUACGCCAGAAAUUGAAGCUCUACGACCCAAAUCUCCCCCUCCAAGGCCUCAAGCACAGCCUUCCGGACAGGGUAAUGUUGGAAAUUCUCUCUCGCAACCUUCUGCAGGAAACUCCAUUUCAAAGAAGGCCUCUACAGCACAGCCAGGUGGAGUUCAGAAUGGACACCCUGCCGCAUUAAUACCAGGUGCUGGACAUGGUUCCGCCAAUCCUUCAGUAGCAGGAUCUGUUGUGAUUGGGCAGCCUCCUCAUGUGGGUGGUCGUGGAGGAGGACAUGGUCAAAUUCCUAAAAUGCGCCCCGUCCUUCCCGGGCCCUUGAUCAAACCUCUAGGAGCUUGUCCCGGCAUUGUUGAAAUGGCAGGUUUUGACGAGGAAGCAUCAUAUGGGGGAGACAUGCAGGAAGCGACCUCAGCGGAGGAUCUGCACUAGGCCUCCACGAAAAUGUCUGCAGAUUUGUGCCCUGGAACUGAAUCGUGGAUCUUUCUAACAGCACAAUUUUCUUUUCGCUUUGUGCUUUAAAUUUUCACAUCCGGUGGUUUCACCAAUGUAUAGACACUCCAUUUGAAAUCGUUGAUUUCCGUAGAUCUUGUUUAUUGAUGUGGCCAACGCCUUUCAACUCUAACGUCAAAUUAUUGAUAUGGUUUAUCUGGAUUGCAAGGCUACGGUUGACCCUUAGGCAUUUGGGUUAUUAUUAACUUCCUUAUCACUUGGCAUGUUAUCGUGAUGUAACGAAUUACUUCGAUCAAGAUAUUGACUGUCACAUCCGUUUCAGGCAAA